AUGACUCCGGCAGAGAAGUCUCCUAUCAUACGCCUCGGGCCAUACCGACCCACGGUUAUUCUCCAUGGUGGCGCUGGGGCGCUCUCGCGAGACAAGCUUCCUCCUGAACUUUAUGCUCGCUAUCAUGCUUCACUGCUAGAGUAUCUGACACGCACUCGGAAGCUACUCGACUCAGGAGCAUCCGCCCUAGAUGCGGCGACUUAUGCCGUGACGCUUUUCGAGGAUGACCCGCUUUUCAAUUGCGGCCGGGGUGCUGUCUUCACUGACAAAGGCACCAUUGAGCUUGAAGCAAGCAUUAUGGUCACGUCUCUGAACCCUGAUGGACCGCCCGUUGGAGCUGUCAAACGUGCUGCAGCAGUCAGUCUUGUCAAGAACACUCGGCAUCCCAUCCUCUUGGCCAAGGAAGUCUUAACAGCAUCCGACAAGGAUCAAGGACUCGGUGGCACAAGCACUAUGCAUUGUCAUCUGAGUGGACGAGAGCUCGAAGAAUGGGGAUGGAGCGAAUGUGGUCUAGAGAAGAAAUCUGAUUCAUGGUUUUGGACCAAGAAGCGCUGGGACGAACAUCGGCGGCUGCUGCAUCCAGAUACUCGGUCACUCGAUAGGUACACGUUCGAAGACCUUCUAGCAUCUGCCGAUCCACUCUCUCAGCUUCGUCGUGAUGAUGCUGACAUAGAUAUCGAUUUUGUCGAAGUUCCUAGUCAGGGUACCGUAGGGGCGGUAGCCCUUGAUUCGUGGGGAAAUCUGGCUACGGCAACAUCAACAGGCGGCUUGACGAAUAAGAGAUCCGGUCGCAUUGGAGACACUCCCACAGUAGGGGCAGGAUUCUGGGCCGAGGCUUGGGAGGAACAUGUUCCAAAUAUCACGCCGGGCCUGCAGAUUGGAGUGGCUUAUCCAAAAAGACGUCUUCUCGAGCAAGCUUCUGACUUUCUCUACAAGUACACCAAAGCCCUGUUAGGGCCUUGCCUCGACCCACUGCGAUUGGAAGGAGAAAAUAGCUAUCACUAUAUCAACGGUGCGCCUCCUUCAUACUCCUCAGUGGUGGAGAAUUCUUUCAUCACUCAACCAUUUACGUCCCACCCAACCCCGACCGUUCGAGGGGAGGUGAAGCAGCGUCGUGCAGUUGCAUUAUCAGGGACCGGGAAUGGUGAUUCCUUCCUACGCACGAAUGCAGUACGAACCUCAGCCUCAAUCAGUCGAUUCUCGCCGCACUACGUUCCGUUGUCUGAUGCAGUCAAGCUAAUCGCAGGCAAGAACGGUGAACUACAGCGAUCGGCAGCGGACCGUUGGGGGCGAACAGGUGAAGGUCAAGGUGGGAUCAUCGGCAUUGAGGUCACCGACAACGCAGCACAUGGGUCUAAUCAUUCCUCCACUGGCAAGCGAGGCAAAGCUGUGUUCGAUUUCAAUUGCGGUGGGCUCUUUAGGGCAUAUUAUGAAGAUUCACAGGAAGUGGACGGUAAGGAAGUCCCGAAGGUGGCUGUGUUCAGGGAAGAUUAUUGA